AUGUCUACUUCACAAAAGUUUAUAAAAGAAUUAUCAAUAGAUUUUGAAUUCACUAUACCACCGAACAAUCAUGCUCCAGUAAAGUUAAAAUUAGAGGCUAAACAAGAUCAAUUAAUAUUAGAUGUUGUAAGAACUUUCAUGAGUCAAAAUGAUAUACCGUGUUAUCUAGAAGUUUCAAUCUUAUCAAUUAUAGAAAGUCUGAUGAUAGAAAGUUGGAGAAUUGAUAUGGAAAUAGAUUCAAAAAUCGAUAAAGAAACAGAAGCAAAACAAAUACGUGAACAAUUUGUUACAAAAUAUAAAAAAUAUACUGUCAGAUAUAAUGAUACACCUGUAGAGGUAAUUCAUUCACAAAUCUCCCCAAUCUUUAAUAUGCUUUUACAAUUAGAAGACUAUUAUAAACAAACUGUUAAAGAACUUAAUGAUUCGUAUGAAAAAGAACAUGAAAAUAUUUUAGUUAGGUAUAAUCAAAAUCUUGAAAAAAAUUCAGAAUUAGAAUCCAAUGAAUCAAAUUUUCAAAUUGAAACAGCUCAAGGAAUAAGAGAAAAUGGAAGAGAAAUCAUCUCAAAGGUCAUUGAUAAAAUUAAAAAAAAUAAUGAUAUGCUGAACACCAAAAUUUCAAAUGAAUUAUUGAAGUUAGAUAAAGAAUGUAAUUUCAACACCUUACAUGGUAGUAGACAGAAUAGUAUUGGGUCUAUGUCUGAUUUGUUUUGCUCAUCACCUACUUUGAUGUCUCCACCUUCACCUAAAUUUUCUGCUAUAAAAUUUCAAAUGAGUUACACUAAUGAACAAGCAAAGAUCGCUCUUGAAAUUGCAAAUGGAAAUAUGGUUUAUAACAAUGCAGUAGUCAUUUUAAUGGAUGAUAUUGCAAGAGUUAAUGAAGUUAUAUCAUCUGGUGGUAGUGUUAAUAGUGGUUCUAUAUCCAAUGGCCUGCCAACAAUUCCAAGAAGACCAUCAUUACCAAUAUUCAACUCAUCAUUGUCAAACUUAUCUUCUUCAUCCUCCCAAAAAGACUUGCCACCCCAACCAAAAAGAUCAAAAACCAUUAAUAGACCAUUAUCCAUACUGACAAAACAAGAUACAAAAAAAAAUUGGUCACAAUUCUUUUUCCAACAAAAACAAAAUUCAAUGUUAAGUUCUCCUACAAAUUCUACGGGUAGGAAAAUUGGGUUAUGGAUAAAUAAAGCAAUGGAAAAUUUUAGACUUGAAGAAGCCAAUGGUCAUGGACAUAAUAUGCAAUUAGACAAUUCACAUUUAGUGGAAUCAUUUACAAUCACAAUAGGAAAUCAGGUUAAAUCCACAAAUAAUUUGAGGCUAUUAGUAUCAGAUAUAGAAGAUGUUAUUAGUUCCUCAAAUGAUUCAGCUAAAGAAAUGGCAUACAGAGCACAAACUGCAGCAAAUUUGUAUUCACAAAAUUUAAAUGCUCUAAUUUUAUUAUUAACUCCAAAAGAUUGGGCUAAAUAUAAAAUUGGCAAAAGUGCUAACAAAGAAUUUUUUAAAAAAUGUAAAGAAUCAACAGAAUUCCAUUUUAAUGACGUUGAAACACAACUUGAUAUUAUUCAAAAAGUUUAUCCUAUUGAUACUGAAGAGCCAUCUUUAAAAGAAGGUGAUUUUUUUAUCACAAGACAUUCAAAUUUACCUUUGAUUCAUGUAGUGUUUCAUUUAGUUAUAGAAUUUGAAUCCAUUCAAAAAUCAGAAUUGACACCUAGAUCUCCAGCAAUUUCUGGAUUAAGAAAAAUUCUACGAACAGUUGAUCGAUUUGACAUCAACUCCAUAAAUAUACCAUUUUUUUUAUUACCAUCAAAUACCCAUGUUUUUUCUGAUUCUACUUUAAUUCAAGAACAUGAAAAUUUAUUGUAUAAAAGAUGUGAAUCAGUACUGAAAUGCACAAAAGGUUUCAUGAUAAAUAAUUCCAGGAUUCCAAAACAAUUAAAAGAAAAUAGUAGUAAUAAUUAUUUGCAACAGGAUGAAUCAAAAACUUUGACAUUUUUAUUACCUAAAACUUUUACUGAAUCGGAAUUCAAUACUUUUAGAUAUUUAUUGACCAACAUGUUUAGAGCUACUUAA